AUCUCAUUCAUAAAGAGAAAAAUUCAUUCAUGAAAGCUGCCCUGCCUCACAGAGAGCGAGAGAGAUAGUGAGUUGGUGAGGAGUUUAUUGGAGAGUCUAUCAGAGAGGUGACGAGUAAGAGAGUUUGUAGAUCAUUGUGAUGGAACUCCUCUCUGCGAGGAGUACACUGGACCAGGACAGCUUUUAGACCAAGCCGACUCUCACAACUACCAAACAGGCAUGCUGCAGCGCACCAAGUACAGCCGCCUUCGCAACGAUUCCCUCAGCUCCCUGGACGACCGACUCCAGGACACCAAGGGAGACCCGCAGGCCCUGGCCGCACCGCUCGCCCCGCUACACGCCCAGGACGCCCAUGCCCGGGCCCCCAACGGAGAGAGCAGCACCCUGAGGGGCUUCAUCCCCCGCAUGGCCGGCAUCUCGCUGCUGGGUGGCCUGGGGGCGCUGACCCACAAAAGCGGGCACAGAAACAUAGACAGACGUGCGGAUGAGCGACCCGUCUCGGACGCGGACUGGACGUCGGGCCAAGCGUCCCGUUGCCACGCCGGAGGCACCAAGGGGCCCAUCGCUCUGCAGGGGUGUCCCCUACACCCGCUGCAAGGUGGUUUGUGCCGUUUGAAGAUAGUCCCCCCGGAAGAGGAGGGCCCUGAGAACAGCGUGGUCCAUCAUCAUCAUGUGGAGUACAUGGGUAGCCUGGAAGUAACGCAGUCCAUGAGAACGCUGGACUUUGACACAAGAAUGCAAAUUACACGAGAGGCUAUUAGUCGUCUAUGUGAGGCAUCGCCAGGUGUCAAGUCAGCUAUAAGAAGUAAAAGGUCCCUGCCGAAGGCUGUGUCAGUGGUUCUGGGUCAGAGCAACCUGCAGUUCUCUGGAAGCAGUGUCAUCCUCACCGUGUCCACAGAGAGCAUGUCUCUCACCACAGUCUGCCCCCUACAGACGGUAGCCCACCACUCCAUACAGGCCAUCUCUUUUGCUUCAGGAGGAGACCCGGACUUGGCGGAUUUCAUUGCAUACGUUGCCAAAGACCCUUCCAACCGGAGACUGUGCUACAUAGUGAAGUGCCCCGCGGGUCGGGCCUGCAAGAUCAUCAGCAGCAUUGAUCAGGCCUUUCAGGCUCGAUUCAGGCAGCUUCUCAGCCAGAAUGCAUUUAUCUUACCCACAACGCAGAGGAUACCAGAACGGUGCUUUAGAGACAACGAAAUCACAGAGUUCAAUGAACGUUCAGGGGAGUCAGACUACUACAAUCAGAUCCCAGGCAAGGUGCCCCCUUCUGGUGGAAUACAUGACCUUCGUAUCUCAAGAGAAGCUGAUCAACAGGACGGUGUGAUACAAGAGAUGCAGGUCUGCUCCUCAAGGCCGAUUUCAUUGUAUGAGAACUGCUGCAUUGCACACGGCCCUGCAGCGCCGUCUACAGUUAAUAUGAGUGUUUGUGAGGCCAGCAUGGAGCCUAUGGAGCAGCCUGACAGUGGACCUGAGUGGCGCCCGCUCUCCCAGGACCUAAUAGAGGAGGAAGGGCUUGGCCGUAAGCAGGCGGAGGCGCUGCUGUCCUGCAGUGGGGACUUCCUAGUCAGGGAGAGUUGCUCUGCCUCGGGCCAGUACGUCCUCAGCGGCAUGGAGGGGCAAACCGUCAAGCACCUCCUUCUGGUCCACCCCAACGGACAGGUGCGCACGUGCGAUCAGGUGUUCCAGAGCGUGGGUCACCUGGUUCGUUUCCACAUGGGGAGUCGAACACCCAUCGUCUCUGGCUCCAGCGAGCUGAAUCUAACUCAACCCAUCCUGCACACAUACUGA